UUACUCAUUACCAUUGAUGGCAACAUUGCCCAGCACCACUGCUCGAAAAGUUGCUCCGUGUAUCAUAAGCUUAAGACGUGAUUGAAAUCCCUUAAAAAGCUAGUAAGUAGACUUUGAGUACUUAAUGUUUUGGUGAGGAGUGAGUGAGGAGAAACCUUAUCAAGUUUUCCCAGAGGAAGGGCAUGGAAUGUGGUUAAAAGCUCAUCCAAAAACUGCAACACUACAGAUGGACGCUCUGCACAGACACCGCUCCCUUUAUAAAGGAACGACUCCGCCAUGGAAAGAAACAUACCGCAGGCGCUGUGUAGACAGACUCAAAAACAGCCGGUCGAGGCUGCUGGAGAGAUACCGUCAGAUGGAGGAGAGCCAGCAGGGCGGCGGCUCCGGGGCCUCCACCAUCGUCCAGGAGGUGAUGGAGGAGGAGUGGACGGCCCUGCAGUCAGAGGACCGGAGACUGCCCUCGCUGUGGGGGCCAGACGGCAUGGCAGAGAUGUUCAGUGUCAUGAAGGAGUAUGAUGAACUGGCGGUACUCGAAGAAAUCCAGCAGGAACUCUUGUCUCAAGAAAUGUCUAUUAUUGAAGAAUACGAAAGGAACCUGCAGUUUGAGCAGCAAUACAUAUCGUCUGUUGUGGAAGGGAUGGAAGAGAUCCAUAUCAUUUGCCCUGUGUGUCACACGAACAACUUGAGCAUCAACAGCCAUUUCAUCUCCUGCCCCUGUGGAUUGUACAUUAACACUAAGAAACGGAACAUCACCCCGGAUGUCCUGCGGCAUCUUCUGGAGACCAGGGUGUCGGAGCACAUGGAGGACUGUCUCCACAACCCGAUUUUCUCUGUAGCUCCCAACACAGAACUCUCACCCAACCUGAUGAUAAGCUGCAAGGUUUGUGACUACCUGUCCGUUGUCCUGUGAAAGCAGAUGCGGCUGUCAUGAGUGACCUACCUUGUGAGACUUGGAUUUUCUCUGUAUGUUUUGUGAAAUAAAGGUUAUUUUUUAUAUUUAA